UUUCGUGAAGAAUCACAUUGAAACAUGAAAAUCUUUGGUUAUACUACCACUAAUUCCUCAAAAUCACCACUAGAUGGCGUGGUGAUUGAAAAUAACAAUUUAUGACAAUUACAGUGAUUAUUUAAUAAAAACAAUCGUAUAUUCCAAGCUAUAAAAUGUUUAAUUAGUGUGCAGACACUCCCCAAAGACCCGCGUUGAAACACGCAUAAAAUCAUUUCCUGGGCAGUUACAAGAAGAAAACCAAGAUGGUUCGAGUAAUAUCAGUGCACCACUUUACAAACCAGCAAGUUUUGACUGUGGAACAACCGACAGCGUCUACAGUCGCACCGCCAAACCGACUUCUGCUUGCUUUAUCAAACCACAGCGUCGAGGUGCGUGAUUUGCACCUGGACGGAGAGGUUUUAUUCAGUUUUCCAACUGUUGAUGAAGUUGCACAGAUAUGCCACUGCAUAAAUGGUGAUUAUGUAGCAACUCUAGAGUCGAAAUUCAACCGCCAGAACCGCGAGUUAAACUUCUGUCGUGUUUACAUCAAUUGGGACUCAGUUGCAGCUCUGCAACAGUCAAAAAUGAACCACAGUGGAGCUAGUUUAGGUGCCACUGAAUGUGGCAUGGUGCAACCGAUGCGUGCGAGGAUUGCAGGACGUGUUACACCCACGACUAAUCAAAGUGAGCUUGGGAGUUUAGAAAUGAUUGAGAUUCCAGUCAAGCGGAAUCCGCAUUUGAUAAAUGUUUGUCAGAUAUCGGGGAAUAUUCUAAUUGCUUCAGAGAAGAUUUUGACGAUUUAUACGUUUACUAUGAAGACGCAUGACAUUUCAAAGUUGAAGUUUAUAGAUUUUGAAGAGACGCCAAUGUUUAUCGAGGUGUCAUUCAAGCCCAUACAAGUGGAAAUCGCUGAAAACUAUCUUGCUUGUAUGAGUUCAGAUGCUAUGCAUCUAAUGCGCGUUGUUUCUACUAGUGGGAAGUGUGAUAUCGUCCAGGAGAACGAUUUGAAUGAGAGUUUUAAGUUUUCAGAAGAUGAAACAAUAGAUUACAAAAAACUACUUGAAAUGGAAACCUCCACAUCUUCCUCAGCGCCAUCUUCAUGCAUAACAAUCAAUCUACCAACGAUCGUUCGUGAAAACAGCGCUGUGCACCGCCACAGUCCAUUCACAUACUCCGAUAAAGAACUAUCAGCUUAUUUAAAGACAUCUCCAACAUCCACACCAACCGAAUCAUCAUCAUCAUCUACAUCAUCAGGAAUAGAUAAUUAUCAAAUUGAACACCUAAUCCAACUCAAACUAAAACCAAUCGUGAUCGAUACAACACAGAAAAUCGUCAAUGAAGAGUUCAAAACAAUGGUGCUCAAACCAUUAUACAUCGACGAAGCAGUGAAUCGCAAUCGCGUGAAUAACAAACAACACACAACCAAAUUCGCGGGGAGUUUAUACCGGAAUAAUCUGCAUAGUGUUGCUUGUUUGAUAGCUACACAACAAGAGGGAUUCAUGUAUCAGUUUAUUGAUGCUGGAGGCCAUCAAGUUGUGGAUAACUGUAUAACGGUUUAUCCAUUCACAGCGCCUGUGUUUAAAGUCGUGCUGGAGGAUCAUUUCCUGCAUGCGUUGACUGAGACUGGGUUGGAGAGCUAUACACUGAGGUUAACGCAUAGGUUAUGUCAGAGUUUACAGAAUGACAAUACAUGUCCGCCUGUUCAUGAAUCAGUCUGCCUGGUUGGUCUACGCCCAUUCAUCGGCAUAGAACAACUUUUACUAAGCAAUAACCAUCUAGUUCUCUUAGCAAACGCAGAAACUUCACCAACGCAUUCAUGCAACUCCAGCAACAGUUCAUCAUCCACAUCAACAUGGACUCUAUACUCUCUAGAACUACCCGCGCCGAAAACAAUCUUCAAUGACAUCGCAAUAGUUGCAAGUUCACAUCGCUUAACCUCCGCAGCGACUUACUGCCAUCUCAUGUCCGAAGCACACAUGAUUCUACGCGCUACACUUGUAUUAUACAAAUGGACCGUGGAUGAAUCAAGCACAAAACGUGUAAAACCACUGCGUAACGAUGCAAGUAUCAUAGAUUCAAUCGAAGUGUACAAACAAAGUUGUGCGCUACUCGCUGAUCAUUACAUCAUGUCACGUGACGAGAAAGAUUUCAAAAUGGCGCCGGCGUAUUACAAAUUCGCUGGGCUACAAGUCUACGAUGUGAUUAAGAGGGUAAAACGCUUGCAGGAACAAGCGAAUGUGAAAAACAUGCAAGGCAUGAUUUAUUAUCUGAAAGCCGUGUUGAUUCCGGCUGCAAAUCAGCCGAAUUUGAGCGUUUUCAACACCGACGGGCAUGGAAACAGAGCGAAGUUAUCCGAAGCUGUGUUGUGUUUAUUCGAACAACAUGAUUACGAUGAGCUACCGAUGUUGAUACUCAAAGUUCCUCUGUUGAGAGAGUAUGGAACUGAUAAUUUGAUCGCUAUUUUGUCGAAUCACACGCUACCUGUGAGCGACGAACGAAAACUCGCGUUGGUUGUGUUGCAUAUCUUGAAAGGCAGCGGGAAUGACGCGAAGAGAUAUCUCGACGAUAUCGAAACAAAUGAAUUGAGUAGAUUGUUACUAACAAAUUGGGAGUUGAUGUUUGAACAGUUAGGCGUUAAAGGCAACCCUUCUUUCUCGGAAUUUGCUACGUUGUUAACCACACAGCGUAGUGAGUUAAUAUCCGCGACUUUUGCGUGUUUAAUCGAAAAGAAAACGAUUUCCCUUGGGAAAUUACUAAAAAUUUUCUUGGAUCACAUGCCGAGUAGUUCGGACGCAUCGCAUUACGGUCAAGUUUUACAAAAUCUACUCGAACAUCAUUUUCGGUAUUAUUUCUCGAAGCAUGAUGCCACGCAGGUUGUCUACGAUCGCAGCACGCAUGAAGCAAUGAAAUUAUUAGUGCGUUCGUAUUUAAGUCAACUACAAUAUUUAAGUUUGCAUAAUUUACCAGCGAAUAGUAAUAAUCAACGUGAUGAUUCCACAAAAGAUAAAACUAAAGAUGAUUUGCAUUUGUUUUCGAAUAAGCGGCAUGAGUAUCUCAACAAAAUGGCGCCGUUUGCUGUUGUGGUGACACCUGACGGUGAAAAACAUAAAAAUGGAAAGAAUGACAAGGCUGAUAGCUUACUGAAGAAGUUACAGGCGUUAUUGUGUAGUCGCACUGUACCUAAUCAAGUCCUGAUGGAGAUUAACACGUUUCUGGGCUUGAAUGAGAAACUACGUGGGAGGUUAAGUCUGCAGAUUUGUAUUAUGAGUGUUAAUGACGCCAUCUUGAUUCUGGCGAAUGAAUGCCCGCAGUGUUUACUGCAAUAUGCUAGGGAUGUGUUUUGUAAGCCGGAUGAGUGGAAAAUGCUUAUCGCUACGAUACAGCAUAAAGUUUUGAGUGUUUCGCAUGUGGAUGCGCAGAAUCGCGCUUGUGUUUAUUAUAAAAAGCUUCUAAAAGAUAUUUUAACGCAUGUGGCUAUGACAAUGAAUCUAGAGAGUUUGAUCAAUGUUUUCCCUCAACAUAUGGAUUAUUCAACAAGUUAUAUACUUGAAAGUGACGAUGGUAUACCAAAAGCAUCUUCUGGUCUUGAAAUGGGUGAUAAUGAUGUGGAAGGGGAGAAUGUGGAUAUACUGAAUGAGAUUCAGAAUUAUGAUCCGUAUAUCACGUUGUGUAAGGAGACUAUGCAUGCCAAUCAGAUUAAGAAGCUGAUUACGGCCACCGGGCAGCAGUUGCUGUGCACGCUGAAUUUGUAAUUGUAAUUGUAAUAGGCACAUAUGUGGAAACUACUGACUCUGAUUGUGAUAUUCGUUUCUUUUUAUAUUUAUAGAAAUUUUAACGCUUGUGCAAAUAUAAUACUAUACUUAGGUUAAGUACGAUACAAAUAAGAGGAGCGCUUUUUAUUGAUGUAAUGAUUAUGAUAAAUAUGAUUAAAGAAAUAAAGAGAAUGAA